AAAAAUAUAAUUCUCCAUCUACAACAAGAAAAAUGAAAAAUUAUAAAUAUAUAAAUUUAGAUUAAGAAAAACUAACAUUGGAAAAACAAGAAGUUAAUGUAAAAGAAAAAAACCGACAAAUAAUAUUAUAAAUAAAAUAAAUUUAUAAGACAUAAUCCUCGCGAAGCGCGGAAAAGAUCUCUAGUUUUCACUUAAUGAGUAGUAUAAAGAUUUUCAUUUAGAUCUAAUGCACUCUUCGAUGGCUACCUGAUUCUUUUUUAGAAAAAUAAAAGAACUAGAUGGACCGAAUUGACCCAAUUGGAGAAACAACAAAUCCAUAAUGGCCCGGGUUGGGCAGACCUAAUAAGCGUUAUAGUUAAUACUUAGCAUAAAUAGGAGCACCAAUAUCGAUCGGUAAAUAAAGGAAGAAAAACAUAAAACAAAAGGGUUUAUGAACCAUGUUUGGGACCUGCUGGCUCAACCAAGAGAUUUUAGGAAAUCAUCGCUUGGAACAUGUUUCUUGAUUGAUGGAUCUAAUCAAAUCAAAACAAAAGAUAGAUAAUAUCAUUCUCCCAAAAACCAAAGCUCUUUUAUUAAUCAAAUCAAACUGAAUACAACUUUAAGCUUAAAUGCCUAUUUAUAAUAAAACUUAAAAAAUCCUAAUCUUAACUAAAAUAGAAAAACUAUUAAAAUAUUAAAAAUACAAAUAAAAGGUAAUUAUCAAUUGAAACUUAUGAGUACUAAAGAUAUCUGGAUAAUUUCCAAAUAUCUUGCUGCAUUAGGUCUCGCUAUUAUUCAUUAGUUUACAUGGCUAAUUAUUUUUUAUUGUAUUUUCUAUAUUUUAAUAGUUUUCCUAUUUUAAUUAAGAUUAGGGUUUUCAUAGAUUUAAAGAUUUAUUAUAAAUAGGCAUCUAAGUCUAAAGUUGUAUUCAGUUUUGAUUUGAUUAAUAAAGAACUUUGGCUUUUGGAGAUAAACAGCUCAACCAAAGUUGUAGGAAUCUAACAGAACUCUUCUUGGUAUUCUCCUAUUCUUGCUAGGGUUAACGAGGUCAGGUAUGGAGAUGAUGCAAAUUCCGGUUUUUGAUGGAGACAACUAUGAGAUUUGGAGUAUAAAGAUGAGGACUCUUUUGAUGGCUCGUGACCUGUGGGAUGUUGUAGAGAGUGGAGCCUCUGUAGAGAAAACUCUGAAAAUCAAGGACAUGACGGCUCUUCAUAUGCUGCAAAUGUCGGUAACAGACUCUCUUUUCAUCCGGAUAGCAAGAGCCACAUCGUCAAAGCAAGCGUGGGAGAUUCUCAAGGAAGAAUUUGGAGAGACCGCUGACAUGCGGAGUAGGAAAGCUAGCAAUCUUUGGACCAAGUUUAGUGGAAUGAUGAUGGAGAAGGAGGAAAGCGUUGUUGAUUAUACUAAAAAGUUGAUGGAGGUUGUGCAUCAGCUUAAGUUCUACGGGUUUGACACUUCUGAUGAGGAAGUCAUCCGUAAGAUAUCUUGCAGCUUGACCUCAAGGUUUGAUGGUAUUGCAAGAUCCUUGUGCGCUGGAAAUUUGACACUCAUUAAAGCUGUUUGGUGCCUGCGAGAGGCUGAAUGCGGCCUCGAUGACCAUGUGAAGAGAGAAGCUUCGCACAACCACAACAAGAGAAGGAGGAAAUAGAGAGCUUUUUCAAUGUAUCUUUUUUUUUUUGUUGUUGAAAAACAAUUUAGGAAUUAAGUGUUGCUGCUUUGGAAAGUGAGAUGUGUUUUCCUUUUGAUGAUGAAACAAAACACUCACAAAUUUUCUAUUUUGGUACUUUUUGUUGGCUCUUAGAUAUUAAGAUGUUGUCCUUGACUAAUAAAAUGUGUCCGUAGCACAGUGUUUGUUGGGAUGAAGUAUGAGAAUUUAAUUCAGAAAGAAGAAGAAACUGUUAGUGAGUUUAAACCAAUGAGCACUGUAAGCAGAGUACUUUGGCGUCCUCCAUGUGCGACAUGUUUCUUCUUUUAAUUUAAAAUACAGGAGUUUAAUCACAGAAAGAGAAGCGAGAAACCGGUAAAAGAAACUCCGAGAAAAUACAAAAUAAAACAAAAUUCAAGUUAUUACAUACAAACAAACAUAGUAACAGAGUAAAGCAACGUAGUAGCAAUUCUUUUUAAAGAAACAACAUGAUCCUUUAAUAUCAAUGCUUUGAGAACAAAGUGGAAUCUUGAUCAAUUCCUUGUACCACAAGAAAUUUUUCAAAUUAAUUAGCUAGAAGUGGCAAAAUAAUAAGGAUGCAACAUUAACAUUUUUGUAACUGAGGUUAGAAAUUGUAAGAGAUAAAACACAGAAAGAGCAGCAGCAAAAGCUAAAAGAAACUCUAGUCAGGGAAAGAAAAAAGAAAACACAGAGAAACAAGUAACA